UACGACUUUUAUGAUAUAAUACGUAGACCGAAAGAUUUCGUGAAUUAUGCGACCUAAACAUUUCCAAAAAAAUAACCUUAUAAUCUCAAAUAGGGAUAGUAGUAUCACUAGAUCUGCAUUAUAGCACCUUUGUUUUCAUGAGUUUUUGGCCCGUCAUUUUUUUGUGAAGUUUCCGCUUUAGUGUGUGAGACCUAUCCGUGGCUACUUCGACAGCUGCAGUAAAAACCAAGGAAGUUGAUCCAGCUUAAAGGCAUUGGACAAUAACCGACCUUCGUGCAUAUUCUAAAAACAAAAGCCCGGCUUUGAUAAGUGUUUGGUUCUGUUUUAGAUGAAAUUGGCUUUUUUCCUUUACCAGGAGCCAUGGACGAAUCCGACAGACAGCUUGUGGACACAAGUUCUAAUUCACCUCAAACCUUACCCUGUUGCAUGUAUCACGUUAGUUACAUUCUUCACACGGCGUACAUUACUAAGCAACCCAUUGUGGUUUAGUUAAAGUAUAGAUUUGCGUAUUCAUCAUUUUCGCUAUGUGGUAAAAACUUUUUGGUGACAUAAAAGUCAACCCUCGCUAUACCAAUUUGCAAGUUAUAGCGUACCUUCGUUAAUUUUGCAUAAUGGAUGGGAAGCUGUAUAAUCAUGCUCAUUUACAAACCACAUAUUCAUAGCUAUGCAUAUUUUUGCUUCAUAGGAUUUUACCAAGCUAACGCGUUGCCAGUAUUGGUUUGUGUCUCCACAAUUAUUACGGUUGGGGAGCAAAAGCCUGUACGAUGAUGAUAGUAUAGCCGUGGUCUAGUGAUUUUUCGAGGCUUGACAUUUGUCACUCGGUUAGUAUGAAGAACCGCUUAUAAUAGGCAUUCUGAGUUGUGUACUCAGCAAGAUGCAACUAUCAAAAGACCCAGCAAAUUUCCUCUAUCGAAAAGUGCUACAGUGAUAAGUAGCUUUUUCAACGGAACUGAAUUUCAUGAGUGCGUCGGUCACACAUACCUACUUCCGCAUUAUUAUGGCUGGUGUCUAUGUAUUCUGUAUGUGCGGUUAGCCGCUAUGAUAGUGUUUUAUCCUUGUCACUUGUUAAUGACUGGUAAGCACUUCGCAUAAUGCAACGCAUCUUGUAGAAUAAUAGCCGUUUUUUAGAAGUCGUUUCUCUACCCGUCUAACCGGAUAGAGUCGCCUCUUCAUAUUAAUUCUCAUGAUGGUUAGCUGUUUGCGGUAUAGAUACAGACUACUCAGUCUUACAGUCAUCAGUACCAGCUUCAACAUCCGGCUGAAGUGUGUUCCACGGCUGCAGCCGCAACUUAGCGAAUAACUGCUGCUUUAAUAGGUAUUAUUUUGAAUGUAUUUUUGAAUAAAAUAUUCAUACUACAGGUAACAUGACAGAAAAUACUUGUACCGAAGGGAUAUUAAUAAUAGUAAAAAUAAGAGUUAUGGAAAUCAUAGUAAUAAGAACGAUAUUUUCUAUUAUCACAACACAAGGACAUUGCACAAUCAUACCCGAAAGCAUAGUCAUAAUCGGUUAAUUAUUUAGCGAACAAUGGAUAUACGGAGAUGGCAACACUCUACCAGAGGAAAGAGCCGCCGCCUGACCCGAAACUACGGUAUUAUAUCGUUAGCGACGAACUAUGUUAGUUCCACGCUUUCUACAUGAAGGGAGUUUUACUGUUCCUUGAAAGUGGCAGUGGCGUUUGGAGGAAGACGAAACAACCUGAUGGUGCUCUGUGACGACACUUUUGUACUGGAUAGAGCUUACGGACGACUCCUGAAGCUAAGCUUUGGCAAAGCGCCGAAACAGCAUUUUACGAGUACAGCGUUAGUCAAAGGCAGUUCGCAAGACAAGAAUACUGCGAUCAUUUCUACGGUCAUUUUUGUAUGCACUCCAUUUUGCGUCGAGUCCCUGAAAUAGCUGCCUACAGGACAUCGCCCCUUAAACACGAAAUCAAGCACGACCUAUGCACAUCUAAUACUUGCCAUCUGUUUCAUUUCGUUUAGAACAGUUUGGAGAAUAGCAAUAAGCCUAAAUUAAGUUCACAAUCUUCCCAUAACCUUUCCGAUCAAUUCAGAAUGAAACGAUUGUAGUCAAUGGUCGAUAACCGUCGAUGUCGGUGGCUGACUUGCCAAACAGCAAUCCCUCCUGGACUAUAUCCCUACUGGACCCAAGCCUUCGUGCAAAUUUCCCGCCGUUUCUACUCCAAUUCGAAGAAGCUUAAUGUUCCUUGACACGCUUUGUCGUCAACCGUAGCAAACCUUAGCAAAAACUUCCAAGAUUAUUAUCAAACUUUACUUAUUCCCAGCUGCAUCGAGGUAUCACACCCUGUUCGCUAUGCCAUCUAAAAAAUACCGGUUUCUUUUUGUAUUAAAUAAGUGAGAACGUGAGAGAGAUUGCUAGGCUUAAACUUAGUCACAAUGGUUUGGAUGAAACAGUGCCGGCCAGCCAAUCUAUCUAUUGUGCUUGGGCUGGUCUUUGUGCUGGUUCUCGUGUAUUACACUCUAUACACAGAAAUGAACGCUUCGAGAGUAGAGAGGGUCAGCCUACGGCUUUUGCUCAGAACGUCAAUAAUAGCGGCUGUUCGAGGUGGAAACGAGGUGGUGAGAGUUCGACAGAAUGGUGUGAAGACGUCGAGUAAAGGAAAAAACCAGUUUGGUCAGGAUGAUCCUCUAACCGAUGGAGACCUACGCAGUCACCGAGCUAUGCUCAAGACACUACUAGAAAGUUUUCCCCAUUUAAAUGUCCUUUCCGAAGAGCAUGAGUCCAGCAGGCAGUCGCAGCCUCCAGCUGCUGUCCUUCUUGAAGAGGUGAAUUUGCCGGAGUCGAUCAGUCAUUACGCUGAUGAAACCGUGCGGAUGAGAGAUAUCCUUGUUUGGGUCGAUCCGCUGGAUGCGACACAGGAAUAUAGCGAAAAUCUGACACACUUCGUUACGACAAUGGUAUGCAUAGCCAUUAAAGGACGCGCCCAAAUUGGCGUCAUUCAUCAGCCGUUCCUUAAUAGGACUGUCUGGGCUUGGGUGGGCCAAGGGCCUUCAAAAAGUCUUCGAAGGAUCAACCCAACCGAGGAAGCAGAAUCACAAAUUCGUAUUGUGGUGUCGCGAUCACAUGCGGACAAAGUUGAAGCGUUCGCCAAAGAGAACCUCAGCGGGAAUAUUCAUGUCACGUUGGCAGGAGGUGCGGGCUAUAAAGUGCUGCAGGUUGCUGAAGGAAAGGACGACCUAUACGUGCACACGUCACUCAUUAAGAAAUGGGAUAUUUGCGCGGGUGCUGCCCUGCUGGAGACGCUUGGCGGUCAAAUGAUAACCUUGAAAGGAGAUGCCAUUGACUUUGGCCAGCGGCAAGAGGAAGUCAAUGGGGACGGAGUCAUAGCGUUUCUUAAGGAUAAGAACGAUUUCCUACGCCUCACGAGAGCUGCCCUGCCGAACUGAGUAAAUAUUAUUAAAUCAAAGAUAGGGAAGGGAAUUAGCGAGGGGGAAGAGAAUAGAAAAAGGUGACAAAGAGCGAGAAAAAAACUGAGGGAGGAGAGAACCAAAUGUGAAAGAGAGAGAGAGAGAGAAGUGCAGAGUGCAAGAGAAAAAGUCGAACGUGUGAUAAAAAGCAAAAUAAGGGAAAACGAAGAAAAAGGAAAAAGAGACGUGAGAAACUGUAAGAGAUUUGUGAAUGCCAUAUAUGAUUACUAUAUAACACUAAUACAAGAACAAUUAGUUAACGAAUACAAUCCAAGGUUAUGGGUGCAGUAGUCUAAUACCAGACAAUGCAGGACGUAGCAACUUGGAUGUCGCCUUGAUUGAAAUUGAACCACGCACCCCCAGAUGAGAUCGGAGCUAAGGCAAAACAACAAAUCUAAAAACGCACCGUAAGCACAUAUCAGCCUUGUUUGGUGGUACUGAAUACUAAAAUGGAAAGUAUAGUCGCCAUGCGCUAAGGCAUAAAGUCCUUAUCAAUCAAUUUAUCAUGCUUCUUGUAACGUACCUUGAAGCCUGUGAAGCCGGUCGUUAGAGUAAUGGUAAAUACCAAAUAGUAGACGUCACUUGACCAAAGGUAGUAACAAAUAAAGGCACUGAGCAGCACUGGACAAUAUCCUGUGCUGGACAGCCUUGAAACUUGAAAGAAGGUGAUGGUGGAAAUUUGAAUGACUUCCAUAAGUUAUUGCAAAAUACAGAUGAUAGCCGCCUAAUGUACUCAAGCCAAGUGGGAGAAACAAAAUUGCACUUAUAGUGACAAUUCAUUAUUAUAUCGAAUAUGAAGAUGACAUAUAUGACGAAAUCAAUGCUUUAGGCACAUAUUUGUAAAUGAUCGAUUAAAGACUGCAGGCGGAAGGCGCACUUAGUACUUAGGGUUUGUAGAAACUAUGUAAGAUGAGAUGGAGAAUGAUACAUAUAUAAGACGAUACGUAUAUAGAUAUUUAUUAGGUUGUAAACGAGGUAAACAGAUGUAGAUUCAAAUGGUGGAGCAGCACGGAGCAAGUCAGUGCAAAGUAAGGAAAGAAGACUCAAGAUUUCUGCAGCAGAGCCCUUACUUGCGUGCCUAAUUGUCUCGGCGUUGUGAAUCUUUAUAAGAACACAAUGAUGACGAUGAUCGUGAUUGUGAUGAUAAUGAGUCAUACGGUAGUGCCGUACCCACAUGCGCUUUACUUUGUGAAAUGUGGGGAACGAGUAGGAGGAAGGGGACGAGCCCAAUAGGUGUAAAUGCGACAGGUACUGCGAACAAGGCAACAACAACAACAACAACAACAACGAUAAAUAUUUUCAAGGAUGGCAGCACAAGCGUCGCGGAACAUGUUAAACAACAGAUAUAAAGCACGCAGUUAAUUACUAAUUACUGUUGCUGAUGUUGAAAUCUUGGCUGGUCUCAUCGUUGCUAUAGGUCCGAAAUGUCUAACAAAAUUUGGCAUCGUACUGUUCUAAGAGUUACUCAAAUGUAAAACGUGGUCGGCGAAAGCGCUUUUUUCAUUAUGAAUGUUUUUCAGUUUGAGUAAAUGUGAAAAUUUGGAAAACGUUUACUUAUAUUCAUCGAUCAGUUUCACCGCAGGGUGAGGUCGCCGUUUUUAGGUAUAUUGAUCUGAGCUAUGAACGCUUCGUACAUAAGUUUAGCGCUCAGCACGAUCCAUAUCUGGUUAGAACAGCUAUUCCAUUGAAGGCUCAUGAUCAGUAGAUAUGUUGCGGGUUGUUUCAUUCGUUUGUGAAACACAAACCAAUUUAAUACCUCUUAGUUCUAUUAUAUUUAUUUAUUCUAUUAUAACAGCGUGCUUGUUAACACACACUAGUAAGCCUGACAAAUUUGAGUGUUUUGUCAGUAAGAUUAGCAGAAUGACCUAACUCAACAGAACUGUCACAAGACACUUUGUACAGUGGCCAAGGUGUUCUUUAAAAUAUGAAAGUUUUUAACUGCGGAAUCAAUAGUGACAGUUGCACCAGUCGUUUAUGAAGUUCCAGUAAAAGUUACGGGCCACUGCAGUUGCAUUAAUCGCUAACUCCCGAGGCAGACAUAGGAAACGACUCGACGGGCACACUCAUCCUGACACCUAACUCUAGUCCAUGUACAUGAUUAUACUUACAAUAUUGUUACGAUUAUUACUGCUACCGUUAAAUGCAAGCGGAAAUGCGCCGAAAGUAGCACUAUUAAGAAGAAAAUUAAGUCACUCUUUAGAAGUACGUGUAUAAAAAAACAAUUGAAAAAGCUGUCA